CAACUCCCAAUCCACCACGCCUGAUCCGCCCUACAUGGAUGGACAAACUCGCCCAUGCAAAAUCUGCUUUUUAAUUGCCUGAUCCUCUGAUACAACUCUCGUUCGACUUGUUUCCCUCAGAUAUAACCAGGGAUCUGCCGAUAAGCGUUUAUUGAAUGCAUACUGGGAUCCUUGCUACGCCACUCUCGUCAAAGCGCUGAUGCGCGACUGCGGUAUUCAUCAUGUUGACCGUUGAGAAGCAGUGGAUUAAUGUACAGCAGAAGACUUUUACGAAAUGGCUCAACGAUAAAUUGAAAGUUCGUAAUAUUUUUAUCGACGACCUUGUCAUCGAUCUGAGCGAUGGCGUUAUCCUCAUUCAUCUCCUCGAAAUCCUCGGCGGCGAGUCCCUCGGUCGAUAUGCCUCGAAACCAAAGCUGCGGGUUCAGAAGUUCGAAAAUGUUAAUAAAAGUCUCGAUUUCAUCAAGGGGAGGGGGAUACAGAUGACCAAUAUCGGUGCGGAAGAUAUCGUGGAUGGGAAUCGGAAGAUUAUCCUGGGUUUGAUAUGGACUCUCAUCUUGAGGUUCACCAUCAGCGAUAUCAAUGCCGAGGGCAUGACUGCUAAAGAAGGGCUUUUGCUCUGGUGUCAGAGGAAGACGGCUUGUUAUGAAGGGGUGGAAGUCCGGGAUUUCUCGACCAGCUGGAACGACGGUUUGGCUUUCUGUGCGCUUCUCGAUAUCCAUCGGCCCGAUUUAAUCGACUUUGAUUCACUCGACAAGAAGGACCAUCGCGGAAAUAUGCAACUGGCCUUCGACAUUGCUAGCAACGAAAUUGGUAUUCCUGAUCUCCUUGACGUGGACGAUGUUUGUGAUGUCGCGAAACCCGAUGAACGGUCGCUUAUGACAUACAUCGCCUACUGGUUCCAUGCAUUCUCUCAGCUAGAGCGGGUGGAAAAUGCAGGGCGACGGGUGGAGAAGUUCGUCAACAACAUGCAGGGUGCUUGGGAAAUGCAGAAUUCGUACGAGCGCAGGAUGAAAGAGCUACUUCGUCUUAUAAGGGCUCAACGCGAAGCUUGGAAAAACGCCUCCUUUGAGGGAACUUACAAAGACGCUAAGGAACAAGCCCAUCGAUUUUCAAUGUACAAGAGAAACGAGAAGAGACAAUGGGUCGCUGAGAAGUCGGACCUGGCUGCGCUGCUAGGCAAUAUUAAGACGAAACUCAGCACCUACCGACUGCGUGCCUACGAGCCACCGGCCGAACUGAGCCCAGACGUUUGCGACCAGGAGUGGGAGCUGCUGACCAAAGAGGAACACGAACAUAGCAGACUCAUUAAUGAGACAAUUCGCGACAUCAAGAAUAAUCUUCGACGUUCCUUUGCGGAUAAAGCAAAUGAUUUUGCACUGACCCUCAAAACACUGUCUCUCGCCAUAUCCGGUCUCGACGGCGAUGUGGAAGAUCAGAUGGAGCAUGUUCAGAAACUCAAUGAUAAUCUUCCGCCGCUUGAUGCAUUCCUGGACACCAUUGCUGAAGUGGACGAGCAGUGUGUAGAGGCAAAUAUUGAGGAGAAUGACUUCACGACGUAUACUCUCGAUGAACUAUCAUACGAGCUGAGCCUUGUGAAGUCCAGUAUUUCCAAGAAGCUUGCAUUCCUUGAAAAUCAGCUAGUGGCACGCAACAUGACCAACCUGACCCCAAUUCAGCUGGAAGAGUUCGAGUCGGUUUUCAGACAUUUCGAUCGCGAUUCCUCCAACACUCUCCACGAACUAGAAUUCUCCGCCGCACUGGCAAGUCUCGGCCUUGUAUAUGAUGAGGACGAGAUGCACGAAGUUUUCGUUGAGACAUGUGGCCCAGCCAGGCUAGCACAAAAUGCUGGUGUGAGUUUCGAGCAAUUCAUCCGCUUCAUGGUCAGCGUGACCGAGGAUCAGAAUACUGCCGAGCAGGUCUUCCAGAGCUUCCGUGAGGUUGCGGAUGGAAAGGUAUGUAGUACCCUUGAAUAUCGCGAUGGACAUCCCUUCAACUUCCUCUAUUUCUUACAUUUCUGCAGCCUUACGUUACGGAACUUGAUCUCAGACAUUCCCUCAUUCCCGACGAGGUUAUUGACCAUCUUGUUGAAACCAUGCCACGGCACGAAGGACCCGAUUUGCUUGAGGACCGGGAUCUUCCCAAAUAUGAUUACAUUAGUUUCAUGGAGAAAAUGAUGGAUCAGAGCAAUGACUCAGAAUCUGCUAACGGAGAGCAUUGAACGCCCUCAUUCACGAAAUAAAACUUUCCUUUAGGCGCUGAUACUAUUGGUGUUCGAUGGAGCUAUUGGGGGAGUUUGUUAAGCCGGCAUACCACAUGCUUUUCAUGGUUUCUUGUUAGGCACUUCUGCUACACUGCAUUUUCUCUCUCACACUUUGCAUUGUCUUCUUGCCCAUCUUGUGUGUCGCUAUGUCGGGGCUGUUUCUUCUUGUACGCAACUUCCACAUACCCUUGACUAGCUGGCAUAGGGCAGGGAGUUGAGGGAAGUAGUAAUUGAGAUCUGGAUAGAACUAUUGGUAUUAUUGAUAAAUGAUAGUAUCA